CUAUUACCGUGAUCGUGCCUGGACACGACCGGACAACACACUUGCUGGGAAAACGAAAGCACGCAGCAACUUUCCUUUCGGUCUGUAUUUCUACUUUGGCGGUCGAUGACGCUACAAGAGAACUUUGCCUUUAGACCGCCUUGUGCUGUUGUUGUUGAGUAAAAAGUUAAAGUAGAUCUUGAAACACAAAACUGUAUCUCAGCGACUUAAGAUCCGCAUAAGAGCCCUUUAAUUCGCAUAGUUAGUCGACAAUAUUCGCAAAAGAUGAAGAGCACAACAUCAAGUAGCACUACAGACGGCAGCACCGCAGCACGGGCGUUGAUGAAGUCAAAUUCUCUCGCAAACUGGUCUGACGCGCGGAAACAGUACCCAGCCGCCCUCACCAUCAGCACAAUGGACGAGGCCAGGAAACUCGAACUUUCCAAGCUGGACCACUUCGUGUCCACAGAAUUCGCGGGCCCGCUGACGAAGGAAAAGCUCUCGAAGGUCGUCCAAUGGAAGCUGAAAAAGGGCACUUUUCGCCCGGGGCUGUUGCAAAAAGCGGAGAGCAACACGAAGGAGAAGUUGGACACAGCUUGGUUAGACGCCACUGUCGCGAUCGCGAAGACGCUCGUUGAAGAUGUUAAAGGAGGUGGAAAUAACAGUACAUCGAUCGAACUGGAUAAAGCUGGCGUGGAGGGGGUGAAGCAGCUGGACAAGCACUUAUUCGGCGUCGGCCCGGCAACCGCGUCGGCCGUCGUAGCGGCUGUGCUGCCGGAGUGUUGCGCCUUCAUGUCAGACGAAGCCCUGUUGGGUAGUGGUGUUUUUCCGGAGUCGGUGGGCAAGAACGAUCUGAAAUACACCCUGAAAAUCUACGCAGAAUUCAACAAACGCUGUGUUGAAAAGGCAAAAGAACUGAAUUUUGCAGCAACUUCUACAAGAACUACUGGUGCGGCAAACAAAGAUGCGAAUCUCUUCAUCUGGACUGCCGAUUCAGUUCAGCGCGCGCUGUACGCGAAAUUCCGCUGUGCAGACCAUGCAUCAGCUGGGGGUGGAACAAUCGGAACUACGAAAAGUCCGGACAAGAAAAACAGCGCAGCGAGGAAGCCAGAAGAUACGGAGCUGUUAGAAGUUCUCAGGCACGGUAAAAGUGACGGCCUCGGAGGGACGGACAGUGACACGGUCGUAAAAGUCAUCGCGAAGCGCAUGGGGGUUCCGGAGAGCGCAUUACUUGAAAAGUGCGGGGCCGGAGACGAGGUAGGGAAGGCGAAGAGGAAAAAUACCGAUCAAUCAAAAGCAAAGUCUUCAAAAUCAUCUGCUAGCCCAAUGAAAAAGAAACGAAAAAAAGGAGACUGACUGAAGAUUUGCAACCAAGACACGGGUGAAAAGUGACGCAUACGGCUUUCGGC